GACUCAUCUAGCAGAAUGCGGGUUACAGCGGAAUCAUCGGCGGAAGAUGUUCGUCAGAAAGCCAAUUUCAACGCAGAGCAAUGGCGCCAAUUUCUCAGCUUCACAGCCCAAAAAGCAACGGAGCUUCUGAAAGAAGACUCCAAAGCCACAUGGGAGAAUAUCGGGGAGACUCAGAGGAAAUGUGUGGUUAGGGAGAUCAACAAGCAGCUCGUGAAGGAGAAGAUUCCUCCAGUAGAAGAUGAGGAUGUUUUCAAGUGGCGCAUAAGCAAAACGUUUUAUGACCGUAGAUCCAAGCUUAACAAGUCUGCGGGAAAGAGUGCGUCGUCAAGCGCCGCCACCCAAUCGUCCGAGGAAACUCGACCUUAUGAUCCUGUACGAGAUGUAUGAUGACAAGAUGCCGCUGCAAAGUGAUAAUACUAGCUCUUGAAUGUGCGAGAAUGUAGGCUCGCUAGUUAGAGGCGAGGCGGUGAGCGUCUAGACCAGGCAGACAGCUUUCUCUAUUCAACGGUCUUUACCAC